AACUCCAGGGGGUGUCAGUGUUUAAAGCAGAAUCUUUAGAGUCUGAGGGGUAGGAACAGAAAGUCUUUGGGGAUGGAGUUUGGACACAGCUCUCAAGUGGUGGGACUUCAACAAGAGUGCACACCCUGGGGCAUGUGUGUGUGUGUGUGUGCGUGUCAUGCACGCCCACGCACCUGUACAUAUAUAUGACUGGAGGCUUCCUGGAGGAAGAAGCCCUGAUGAGGAACCAGGCUAGGAAUAGGGUGGGGCCUACCAGGGAAGGAAGUGAACUAAGCCUUUGAGGUUUCUGGUAGAGCAAAAACACUAAAACCUCAAGAUAAAACUAGUGUAGACCCAGAUCCCUUGUGCCAGGCCUUCCCUUAGAACUCAUGCUUCUCAUCUGACUUCUGCAUUGAGGCUCUUGAGAUGGUCGCCUCUGCCCUGCACAACAUGCAGCCCGCGGGCCUCGAGGGUCCCCGCGUGCUCUGCCUGUGGCCUCAGCUGCGUUUGUUUUUUCUGUCCCUACUGCUGCUGCUGCUGCUGCCGCCAAAUUCUGUAACCGGCACCGAGACCACUCCCGGUACCACCGAUAUCCCGACCACUUCAGGCAUCCCCGGCUCUGGGACCAUGCCAGUCACCCCCAGCACCCCCGGCCUGCGAGAGCGCGCACUGGCCCUAAUGCGGGACUACCCGCUUGUGGACGGCCACAACGACCUUCCCCUGAUCCUGAGGCAGUUUCACCCGAAUGGACUAGAGGAUGUCAACCUGCAUAAUUUCAGCAAUGGCCAGACCAGCCUGGACAGGCUUAGAGAUGGCCUUGUGGGUGCUCAGUUCUGGUCAGCCUACGUUCCAUGCCAGACCCAGGACCAGGAUGCUGUGCGCCUCACCCUGGAGCAGAUUGACCUCAUUCAUCACAUGUGUGCUUCCUAUUCUGAGCUGGAGCUUGUGACCUCUGUGAAAGCCCUAAACGACACCAGGAAAUUGGCCUGCCUCAUUGGUGUGGAGGGUGGCCACUCACUGGACAGCAGCCUCUCCAUCUUGCGUACUUUCUAUGUACUGGGAGUACGCUACCUCACGCUCACCCACACCUGCAACACACCCUGGGCAGAGAGCUCAUCUAAGGACACGCACUCCUUCUACAGCAAUGUCAGCGGUCUGACCAGCUUUGGUGAGAAGGUGGUAGCAGAAAUGAAUCGCCUGGGUAUGAUGGUAGACUUGUCUCAUACCUCUGAUGCUGUGGUCCGGAGGGCUCUGGAAGUGUCACAGGCACCUGUGAUCUUCUCCCACUCUGCUGCCAGGGGUGUGUGCAAGAGUGAUCGGAAUGUUCCUGAUGAUAUCCUGCAGCUUCUGAAGAAGAAUGGUGGCAUUGUGAUGGUGACCUUUUCUGUAGGUGUGCUGAAGUGCAACCUGUUAGCCAACGUGUCUACUGUAGCAGAUCACUUCGACCACAUUAAGGCAGUCAUUGGAUCCAAGUUCAUUGGGAUUGGUGGAGACUAUGAUGGUGCCAGACAAUUCCCUCAGGGGCUGGAGGACGUGUCCACAUAUCCACUGCUGAUAGAGGAGUUGCUGAAUCGUGGCUGGAGUGAGGAAGAGCUUCAAGGUGUUCUUCGAGGAAAUCUGCUACGGGUCUUUGAAGAAGUGGAACAGGUACGGGAGGAAAACAAGUGGCAAAGCCCCCUGGAGGAUAGGAUCCCAGAAGAGCAGCUGGGCAACCCGUGCCGCUCUGUCCUCUCGCGACUGCAUCAGAAACAAUACCAGGUUCCAGACGAGAAACUAACCAAAGUCCCCACACGUCGAACAUCUAAAUUAUCACGCAAGUGGUCACUCUCAAAAUCUUCCUCCUACAAGGUCCCAGGUCGCACCGUUGUUGCCGCCUUCCCAGUGUUCAUUCUGUGGCUCCAGGGACCCCAUUAGUCCUGCCAGAUUUUACUCUAACAGCUUGGACAUCCCAGAGCACCCCCACUCUUUGGGCAGGCACAAACAUUUCCUGGAAAUAAAUGUUUUGGACAUGAAAUCGCAUGUGA